AGUUUUCUUUCUCUUCACCGGCGGCGCCUCUUCAUUCAGUGCUCUGUAACUUGUAAUGAAGAUUUCGUGCGUUCAUCUGCCUUAAUCGGCAAUGGCGAUGACGGCGAUUCGUGCAUCCCUUCUGCGUAAAUCACCAUCGAGGUACGCUUCAGCACCCUUAUUCCUUCCCCUAUCCUCAAACCCCCAAAACCAGACCCCUUUUGUCUUCACUAGAUUAUUUUCUGCCGGCGACAAGCCUUCCAUCGAUGCCGACGUUGAGACUGUUUAUCGCAUAAUCAGUAGCUCCGCCUCUUCAGAGAACUUGAAGCAAUCUUUGAAAUCAAGUGGGGUUUUUCUCUCAAACGACUUAAUUGAUAAGGUACUGAAAAGGGUCAGAUUUAGCCAUGGAAAUCCAUUACAAGCUUUGGAGUUCUUUAAGUUUACCGGAAAUAGAAAAGGGUUUUUUCAUACUUCUUUUUCGUUGGAUACAAUGCUCUAUGUGUUAGGUAGGAGUCGAAGAUUUGAUCAAAUUUGGGAGGUUUUGAUUGAUGUAAAGGGAAAAGAUCAGUCCUUGAUUUCAUCGAGAACUAUGCAGGUGGUUUUAGGGAGGAUUGCUAAGGUUUGUUCAGUUAGGCAGACCGUGCAAAGUUUUUGGAGGUUUAAGAAACUAGUGCCAGAAUUUGAUACAUCUUGUUUUAAUGCUUUGCUUAGGACUAUAUGUCAGGAAAAAAGUAUGACUCAUGCUAGGAGUGUGUAUCAUAACUUGAAGCGUGAUUUUCAGCCUAAUUUGCAUACUUUUAAUAUACUUUUGUCAGGGUGGAAGUCCUCGGAGGAGGCUGAGGGGUUCUUUGAUGAGAUGAGGCAAUUGGGUGUUAAACCGGAUGUUGUUUCAUAUAAUUGUCUGAUUGAUGUGUAUUGUAAGGGCAGAGAAAUGGAUGAAGCAUAUAAGUUAGUACAGAAGAUGAGGGAUGGGGAUAUGGCGCCUGAUGUGAUCACGUAUACCAUGAUUAUUGGGGGAUUAGGGUUGAUUGGUCAGCCUGAUAAAGCUAGAAACAUUUUGAAGGAAAUGAAGGAGGAUGGAUGUUACCCAGAUGUUGCUGCAUAUAAUGCUGCUAUUCGGAAUUAUUGUAUUGCAAAGAGGCUUGGUGAUGCUUAUGGUUUGAUGGAUGAGAUGAUAGGCAAGGGCUUGCAACCCAAUGCAACUACUUACAAUCUGUUCUUUAGGGUUUUCUUCUGGUCAAAUGAUUUGACAAGUUCAUGGAGUUUGUACAGACGGAUGAUGGAUGCUGGGUGCCUGCCAAAUACGCAGUCUUGUAUGUUCUUAAUCAGGUUGUUUAGGAGGCAUGAAAAGGUGGAAAUGGCAUUGGAAUUGUGGAAAGACAUGGUUGAAAAGGGUUUUGGGUCUUAUAUCUUGGUAUCUGAUGUGUUGUUUGAUCUGCUUUGUGACAUGGCGAAGCUGGUGGAAGCAGAGAAGUGUUUCUUGGAGAUGACAGAGAAGGGGCAUAAGCCUAGCUAUGUUUCUUUUAAGAGGAUUAAGGCGCUUAUGGAAUUGGCAAACAAGCAUGAAGCUCUUCAGAACUUAACGGAGAAGAUGGCUAUGUUUGGGACUAAAAUCCAACUACAUGACAGUGAGGAAAGCCAUGCGGAACAGUUAGACUCACUUCCAUGUUAGCCUUGGCCGAGCUAGUUUGUUUAGCUCCUAACAAAAUAAUGUAAUAGUCGUUGAACUACCAUGCCAAGAGAGACCAUAUUUAUAUACCUGCCUAAUGGUGUGCAAGUGUGGGUCAAAGACUGAGGAGAUCCAUUUCAAUGGGGGACUUGUAUCUUCUUUGUAUACUUGUAUCAUUGGGUUUUUCAAUCACUUCAUUAUUUCUUAUUUUUCUAAUUUACUAGCAUUCACUCUCAAUUCUUUGUAGCUGGAAGAUCUCAUUCACCAAGGCUCACUGAUGGUAGUAC